AUGUCCUUGGACAGGCGAAUACACUUUUUCUUAUGUCUUACAUUCUGGAUAUCACUCGUCCUGGGGCAUAUGAUUGAUGUGAAGGCGGCGCAGAAAGAAUGCUUCUUUGAGGAUCUUCACGUGAAUGACAAAAUGACUGUCACAUAUCAAGUCGGUGCAGGAGGACAUCUGGACAUUGACUUCUGGUUAGGUGACCCGCUCGACGUCGCUAUACAGAAAGACUUCAAGUCAUCGACAGGAACAGUAUCUAUCACUGCGGAAACUGAUGGAAGAUAUACAUACUGCUUCUCAAAUGAGAUGAGUACGCUUCAAGACAAAGUUGUCAGUUUUAACGUACAUGGUGUCAUCUAUGUUCCGGACGAUGGGACGAUUGCGCCAAUCGAGCGAGAAGUCCGAGACCUUGCCGUGGGGCUUCAAGCAGUUAAGGAUGAACAGGAAUACAUUGUCAUCCGGGAACGACGGCACCGCGAUACAGCUGAAUCAACGAAUGCGCGCGUAGUGUGGUGGAGCAUAUUCCAGGCUGUCAUUUUGUUUUGCGUCUGCGGGUGGCAAAUUUACUAUUUACAGUCCUUCUUUGAAGUAAAACGCAAUUACUAG